UGCUUGUCUGUUACACUUUGUCUCUCAUCUCAUCCCACCUCACACCUCACCACCGCCUCAACAAAAAAAAAAAAAAAAAAAAACUUAAUUUUUAUUUAUUUAAUUGUGUAAUAAAGCUUUGAAAAGCGAAACCAUUUUGUGGUAUUUGGAUUUUGAUUAUCUUGGUUGGAUUCAGACACAUGAAGGAUUUGAAUUCGGAUCUGUUUGACCCGGUCAUCAAGAUGGAGUCCGAGUGGUCUCGCGGCGGUUCCACCUCCGACGCCGACUUCGCCUUCGCCUUCAACGACAGUAACUUCUCCGACAGGCUUCUCCGGAUCGAGAUCAUGUCCGACCCCGUCGACGCCCCACGCGAUUCCGACACCUGCGCCACCAUUGCCGACUGGGCUCGCCACCGCAAGCGCCGCCGCGAGGAUAUCAAAAGGGACACCGGUGCGGAUCUUGCUUCGGUGCCAGACGAGCAAAUUUUGAAAGAGAAACAGCCUGAUGUGGAUGAGUGUGAAAAUCAAGAUGAAGAGGCUGUUGCGAUGGUUGAAGAACCCCAUUCUGGUGAUGAAGCUACAAAUAGUAAUGAUUCGGACUGGAGCAUGGACUGCUCUUCAGGUGCAGUUGUUAGAGUUAAAACGCUGCAUAUCAGUUCGCCUAUCUUGGCUGCUAAAAGUCCUUUCUUCUAUAAGCUUUUCUCAAAUGGGAUGAGGGAGUCUGAGCAGAGACAUGUCACCCUCAGAAUUAAUGCCUCUGAGGAAGCUGCUCUCAUGGAGCUACUGAAUUUUAUGUACAGCAAUACCUUGAGCACUACUACAGCACCAGCUUUACUGGAUGUGUUGAUGGCUGCUGAUAAAUUUGAAGUUGCUUCAUGCAUGAGACACUGCAGCAGGUUAUUGCGGAAUAUGCCAAUGACGCCUGACUCUGCAUUGCUUUAUCUGGAGCUUCCUUCUAGUGUCUUAAUGGCUGAUGCAGUCCAACCAUUGACUGAUGCUGCAAAGCAGUAUCUGGCUGGUCGAUACAAGGAUAUAACUAAAUUCCAGGAAGAGGUCAUGGCCUUGCCCCUAGCUGGAGUAGAGGCAAUAUUGUCUAGCGACGAUCUCCAGGUUGCAUCUGAAGAUGCUGUAUAUGACUUUGUGUUGAAGUGGUCUCGACAGCAGUACCCCAAACUGGAAGAAAGGCGAGAAGUCCUGGGUGCACGGCUUGCACGAUUAAUUCGUUUCCCUUACAUGACCUGCCGGAAGCUUAAGAAGGUCUUGACCUGCUCUGACUUUGACCAUGAUGUUGCAUCCAAGCUUGUACUCGAGGGCCUAUUUUUCAAAGCAGAGGCUCCACAUCGGCAACGAUCACUGGCAGCAGAAGACUCUGCUUCUUCAUACCGUCGCUUUGUGGAGAGGGCGUACAAGUACCGGCCCGUUAAGGUGGUAGAAUUUGAACUUCCUCGGCAGCAAUGUGUGGUGUACUUGGAUCUGAAGAGGGAGGAGUGUGCCAACUUGUUCCCAUGUGGCCGGGUUUAUUCUCAGGCAUUCCACUUGGGUGGACAAGGUUUUUUUCUAUCAGCACAUUGCAACAUGGACCAACAGAGCUCUUUCCAUUGCUUUGGGCUGUUUUUGGGAAUGCAGGAAAAGGGCUCAGUAAGCUUUGCCGUUGACUAUGAGUUUGCUGCAAGGUCUAGGCCAACAGAGGAAUUUGUUAGCAAGUACAAAGGGAACUAUGUGUUCACAGGGGGAAAGGCCGUUGGAUAUAGAAACUUGUUUGCUAUUCCAUGGACUUCGUUCACGGCUGAGGAUAGUCUUUACUUCAUCAAUGGUGUCCUCCACCUUAGAGCUGAACUCACCAUCAGGCACUGACCCUAAUUUCCUGUUGUAAACUUUCUAUUCCAGUUGGUAGCUCUGACCUCUUUUUUAGAACUCGAUUUCUCAUUUUCUGUUGACAUGUAAUCUUUCAAAAGCUUAAUAUACAUAUAGGCAUUGCACCCAACCCAAGUGGCUAGUGUUACAUAUGAUUCAGAAGAUAACUCGUGAUAUGUUAUCUUAGGUAUGUGAACCUGUCUUCCAUUUCCGUGA